AUGUUGGGGAAUGUGUUGCAGUUUCGAUUCGGAAUUUGAAGAGUGAACAAUGCGUUUGCUGUCGGGUAUUGUGCUAUUCCUCAUGGGAGGCUUUCUACUGAUCAAUCGGUUCGUUUCUGGAGAGGAUCAGAAAAACUCCAGCUGGAUAUCCCAACUGACAAAGUUACAAAGUGAUCUGCAAGACUGUUACCGCUCUGAAGUAACGCGAAGUUUGUGGUGGUGUUUUCGUUCAAGGAGUAUAAAGAUGUUUAAAGGAUUAAUGACAACUCCUGUGAUUCCUAUAUACGAUGGUGUGCUUCUGGUAUCAGCUCCCAAUUCCACAACAAACUCCUCAAGAUCCGAUGAUGAGAGAAAGGACUUGAAGCACCUCACCUGGUUCGACCAUUUGGCUGGCAGUUUGGCCAAGGGCUUAACCACUCACACAUUGCAAGUGAACUUGGGGAAACUCACCGACAGAUAUUUGAAUAGUGAAAGCUCAUCUACGGAUCCCAUUGGAAGUGCUCGACUGAGGCGACAUCGCUAUAACAUGAUAAUCACCAUGAUGUUUGGAGUUACAGCCUUGGGAGCCAUUUUGGUGCCCAUGGGCUUCCAGAUGCUAUCCAUUGUGAGCGGCAAAGCUUUGUUAUUGGCCAAGAUGGCUUUACUUCUGGCCUCCAUAAACGGAUUAAAAAGGGUGGCCAACAGUGGCCUCCAUUAUGGCCUGUAUCAUGUGCCGGGUGAGCAUUUAGGAGGAUACUAUGACAGAGGGGAUGUAAAUCACCCAAGGAAUGUACCCAUACCCGUAGCAGUGGCUCCAUCUUUGGAUAUGGGAUUAAAAUAGAAUAAUUUUUUGAGUUUUGAGCAGAAAAAAUGAAAAAGAAAAUGCAUUUGAUUGUAAAUUAAAUGUGCCUUUCUAGAUACACAUAUUUUAUUUCUAAUCUAAUAUUGAGAUUUUCUUUAUGGAAUGGAAAGAGCACAAAUAAAGUCCUUUAGUUUUGAUAAACACAA